AUGGGUGUGUUAUGCAGAGAUUGCCGCCAUUUGAAUAUCAUGCCAGCCUUGGAAAACUGUAUUGCUUCUCCAAAUGACCCUUUUAAAUUUUUUGGUGGCAGCUUCAAUGUGGUGAUUUCAACUGAUGAAACAACUAUGACUAUAAAUGGAGCAACUUACAAGUCAAUGCGUGAGGUGUUCUGCAUCGCUUGUGGCUCUCGUCUCGGCUUGUACUAUGAAAGUGCAGUGUCAGUGAUGUACAAUGAAGGAAAUUUCUACAUCAAUAGAUUUAAGCUCCAUGGACCACCAGAAGGAAGCGAUGAUGAUGAGAAUCCCGGAAACGAGGAACAAGUAGUGUGA